CACAGGCACCUCUCCCUUCCAAGAAACUUCCCUUUCUGUUCACCUUUCUUAGAGCGCUUUCACCUGCCAGCAGUGUCCAGAUUUCUUCCUUCCCCUACCCUGCUUCACGCUCCUUAAUCCGAAGUAAGGGAGGAGGGGGCGCGCGAGGGGCGAGGGUCACUGAAUGAACUUUGAAUCUCUUUCUAGAAGUGUAUACUAGGUUUUCGCCAAAGCCAGACAUUUGCUGAGUUAUUCUCCCCACUAUGGUAUUUUCCACAGGCUGUGGGCUGUCCCCUUUCUUGCCAAGGCUUUGAGUGAAACUUUCAGCGAAGUUACAGUUUUCACGUUGAAGGAAAAUAAGGGCACAUAGUUAUGCUACCAGGAUGUUCCACGUACAUUGAAGGGACUAAAAAGCUCUUAAAACAGCGUGGUAAAAAUAGGAGUCAAGGAAGACAAGAAGUGUAAGUUUCAAGUUGUCUCCCCAAAGUCAGCUCAAAGAGUGCCAACACACCACAUCCUCAACUCCACACGUGGGAAGUGGAUCCUCUCUGAAGCAAGCCUAAGAAGAGAUGGUAGAGCUGCAGUCCUGAAGCUGGUGAUCUCCAGCUCUGUCCAUAGCUUUCCCCCUGUUGUUCACAGCCUAGUGGGACUUAAAAUAUGAGCAAGAUUUACUGCAGGCAAGAUUCUCAAACCUACAAGAAACAUUGCCCUCAUAACUCAUUAUAUUCAGCCUGGGAACUUCCUCUAUAUUGCUGGAUUUUUAGAGGGAAAAACCAGUUCAGCUCCUGAGAGUGAGGGGAAGUAGCAGAGUUGGAAGUUUUAAGAGAAUUGAUAAGUUUUGAAACAGCAAGGAGAGCAAAUAGUUUCUUCCAGGGUGAACUCUACCAGGUAUCCAUCAUCCUCCUUCUCUUCCUCUUCAGUGUCGACUGUAAAGCUCUUCAUCAAUGGAAAAUUUGUUGAAUCCGGAAGUGACAAAUGGAUUGACAUCCACAACCCAGCCACCAAUGAGGUAAUUGGUCGAGUCCCUCAAACCACCAAGGCUGAAAUGGAUGCAGCCAUUGCUUCCUGCAAACAUACUUUUCCGGCAUGGGCAGACACUUCAGUAUUAAGCCGUCAGCAGGUCCUGCUCCGCUAUCAACAACUUAUUAAAGAAAACUUGAAAGAAAUUGCCAAGUUAAUCACUUUGGAACAAGGGAAGACCCUAGCUGAUGCCGAAGGAGAUGUAUUUCGAGGCCUUCAGGUGGUUGAGCAUGCCUGUAGUGUGACAUCCCUCUUGCUGGGAGAGACCAUGCCAUCCAUCACCAAAGAUAUGGACAUUUAUUCCUACCGUCUGCCUCUGGGGGUAUGUGCAGGCAUUGCUCCAUUCAAUUUUCCUGCCAUGAUCCCCCUUUGGAUGUUUCCGAUGGCCAUGGUGUGUGGAAAUACCUUCCUGAUGAAACCAUCAGAGCGAGUCCCUGGAGCAACUAUGCUUCUUGCUAAGUUGUUCCAGGACUCUGGUGCCCCUGAUGGAACACUGAAUAUCAUCCACGGACAACAUGAAGCUGUAAAUUAUAUUUGUGAUCAUCCGGACAUCAAAGCAAUCAGCUUUGUGGGAUCCAACCAGGCAGGAGAGUACAUCUUCGAGAGAGGGUCAAGACAUGGCAAGAGAGUUCAAGCCAAUAUGGGAGCCAAGAACCAUGGAGUAGUCAUGCCAGAUGCCAAUAAGGAAAAUACCUUGAACCAGCUGGUUGGGGCCGCAUUUGGAGCUGCUGGUCAGCGCUGCAUGGCUCUUUCGACAGCAAUCCUUGUCGGAGAAGCCAAGAAGUGGCUGCCAGAACUAGUGGAGCGAGCCAAAAACCUGAGAGUCAAUGCAGGCGACCAGCCUGGAGCUGAUCUUGGCCCUCUGAUUACUCCCCAGGCCAAAGAGCGAGUCUGUAAUCUGAUUGACAGUGGAACCAGGGAGGGAGCUUCCAUCCUUCUUGAUGGACGAAAAAUUAAAGUCAAAGGCUAUGAAAAUGGCAACUUUGUUGGACCAACCAUCAUCUCAAAUGUCAAGCCAAAUAUGACCUGUUACAAAGAGGAGAUUUUUGGUCCGGUUCUUGUGGUUCUGGAGACAGACACACUGGAUGAAGCCAUCAAGAUUGUAAAUGACAACCCAUAUGGAAAUGGAACUGCUAUCUUCACCACCAAUGGAGCCACUGCUCGGAAAUAUUCCCACCUGGUGGAUGUUGGACAGGUGGGUGUGAAUGUCCCCAUUCCAGUGCCUUUGCCAAUGUUCUCAUUCACUGGCUCUCGAGCUUCCUUCAGGGGAGACACCAAUUUCUAUGGCAAACAGGUAACUUUAAGUUUAAAAAAAAUUUUUUCUCUAAGAAACUUUCUUAACAUAUUCAGGAGUAAAGAUUCUGCAAAGAAAGCCCUGCCAGCAGCUUCUGUGAGGUCAUACGUAGUUCAGCAAUGUUGUCAGUAGGUCCCCUAGAAAAGAUUUAAAAGUUAACAAGAUAUUGCCAAAGAUGUUGCCAAAGCUGUUUCUUCCUGAGUAACUCACAAGGCAACAUAGUUUUGGGUAAAGAGCAAAGUUUUGGAGAAAGAGCACAGGGAAGUCCAAGCUUUUGUAUAUGCCAUUACCUCUGCCUGUGACCCGCCUCCCCGCUUUCAUCUAAUUCCUAGUCAUCUGACAUGUCUCAGUUUAAAGAAUGAACUCCAAAAAAUCAUCCCUGACUACCACCACCCCUCCUUUCUCAAUGCUUGGGUUGGGUAUGCCUUCAUGUGCUCCCAUUGCACACAUUUCUCCUGUAAUAGUUAUUUGUUUACAAAAAAUUUUAUUGAGUACCAUCUUUGUACCAAACAGGCACUAUGAGUACAGCACUGAACAAGAAAAACAAGGCAGAUCUGAAGCCAAACUGCCUGCAUUCACUUCCCAACUUGGCUAGUUAGUAGCUUUGUGACCUUGGGGAAAUUAUGUAUCUUCUUUGUGCCUCAAGUUUCUUCAUGUAUAAAAUAAACAUAACGGUAGUACCUAUAUCUUAUGAUUUUAUGAGGAUUAAAUUACCACUGUUAUACUAUAUCCUUCAGCAGGUGCAGCUUUCCUAAGGCAGGAACAGCUUGGCAUGUUCAAACAGAAAGGGGCUGGAGCACAGUGAGUGAGUGAGGGGGAGAGUGGCAUGGGAUGAGGUUGGAGAGGCAGGCAGGGGCCAAGUCAUGCAGGGUUCUUUACACCAUGGUAAGAAGCCCUUUAUAUUAUAAUUAUUAUUUACUUAUCUGUAGUACCUAGCACAAAGCAGGUGCCCAAACAUUUGUUGAACAAAGGAGCUAAUGGAAGUUUUUUGUUGUCCCAUAGAACAACAGCCAUUUGGGAACUUUCCUUAAUAAAUUAAAUGUUUUCUAUACAAGUUUGUCCUUUUAUAGAUAAAUAAAAAAAUUAAUAGUGGGAUUACAUAGCAGAUAUGAUAGUCCAAGUGGUUAAGAAAUCAACACUUGUUAUUUAGAGGCUGAUUAUCCAAUUUGUGCAUUAGUCACGGUUUUUGCAAAAUUGACUAGUUUAAUACUGGUAAUGAGUUUCUUUUAGGGGAAGCAGAGUAAAACUAUUGCUUGAAAUAGUUUUUUCUUCCUUUUUUCUCUCCUCUUUUGGUUUAAUUACUGUAAGUUACUCUGGUAAACGAGGCUUCUUGGAAGAAAGGAUUGACCUCAUACAGUUUGAAGUCUUAAAUCCUUAAGUAAUUAAAUUGCUACUUUGUAUUCUGAAAAGAACACAAGGAAUGAUUCUUACAUAAUAGAAUAUAAAAGUUAGUUGUAUCUUACAUCAGAAGUAUAUAGCAGUCUCUAAAGUUGUUUUUAAUAUGUUCAAAUGGUCCAGAUUUUGUCAAAUAAUUCUGGAAGGAUAUUUUAAUUAACCUGGUGUGUUUUUUCCUAAAACAUCUUUCUAGCUUCCUAGUAAUUUCUUGGUAAACUUAUCAGUGUUUAGAUCUGCAUGAUGUAUUCUCUGUUGCUCCAGCCUAUUCUCAUAAAACAAACAACUUUAAAAAAAUGUAUAUGUAUAUAUAUAUAUACAUAUAUAUAUAUAUAUAUUU